AGAUGCCAAAAACAUAAUAUAUUUAACCGCCUCGUUUUUGUGGUCGUCCUUGAAAGGUCGAAUCGGAUUUACGUAAGUAUUCGAAUCAACAGUGAUGUAUGGUAAAAAUUGCUUUCAAAGAAAAAUGUAGAAAAAACUGCAGGCUAUCGGAAUGGCCAUAUCCAAUGUAAAUUAGAAUUAGAAUUUUUGAAAAAUGAAUAAGGUAAAUCGCGACGCUCAGAAACGGGGAAGGCACGAGGACAACAUCCAAGGAGAGAACAAAAGUUAUCUAUCCAAAUGCAAAGGUAGGGACAGCGGUAGCAGCGAUGGGACACAAUCGUGCUCGACAGGGGAUGGAUUCUUCGUGUCAGGUGUCACCCAGCGGUUGAAUGAAAUGAGUGGGAGGGAACGUGAUAAUGCUUUGUACGAUUUGCAUGGGAUCCCAAUGGACGACGAAUACUACGACCAAGAUUUAAACGUUCACGGAAACAAGAUCGAAAGAGAUCCGAAAAAACUCCAAGAACUUCUGAUCGAAUUUGAUCAAUUGUUGGAGGAGAAGUUAAAAAAUUCGGUAGAUAACCAAAACCAAGAAGAGUUUGGAAAAGGGAUCAAGCUUGCGCGGCAACAAGAUCCGGAUUACGUUCGUUCCCAGCAGAUCAAAUUUUUGAGGGCCGAUCGAUACGAUGCCAAGCUGUCCUCAGCACGAAUGAUUCGAUUCUUUGAUAUGAAACUACAGCUUUUUUGUGCACCUGGAUAUAACAAAGGCGACAAGAGCUGCUGUGAUAGCAACGACCACCGGGACAGCUCAAGCCUUAGCUGUCUUGGCCGCGAUCUGAGACUCUCAGACUUUUCACCCGAAGACCUAGACCUGUGGAAGAAGACAGGAUUUUUUCAGAUGUGCGGCAUGCGGGAUCGAGCCAAGCGUGCAAUUGUCAUCUUUUUUGGAAAGGUCAUUACCGAGGCACAAAUUUCCGUAGAACUCGUCCUCCGAGCCUUCCUCUACAUCUGCAGUUUUUGGUCGGGGGACGAAUCGAUCCAGAAAUCAGGGUACGUGAUCGUUGGAUACACUACAUUUCUCGAUUUUCAUCUUAAGGGUGGCGGAAUCCCGACAACAGCGGCAAACCUUGCGACCUGGAGCGAGCGCCACAAAUCCAGCGCAGCUCUCGUUCGGAAAUACCUGAACAAAACAGGGCCACUCUUCUUGCAGAUGAUUAGGGCUGGGAGGUCCACACCAUUGCGGGGUGUAUCGCGACACUUCUGUUACGACCAUCCAAAGCUGCAAGCACAAUUCGAAGAGCUCACUGGGUACAUGCCGACGUUUUCGGCUGCAAGAUUUCGGUGCCACUACGCCAAUAUGGAGACGAAAGAUAAAUUGGGUUUGUUAAGCAACACUAACGGAACGGGGGGAAGCUGUGGAUCGGGGACAGCGGGAGUAGCGAAGUGCAGCGACAACGGCCAAAGCAAUUUGCACUCGCAUGCGCAUGAAUAUUCACAAGAGCCUACCCCAUACUUCAAUCAACAUAAGGAACUGUUGUUUAGAUUGAUGACGUUUGGAAUCCCUCGAGACACGAUGCCGAUCAACGAUAUCACGGGCGAAGUGAACCUGAAAUUUCACGUGGCCACUGUGGAAAUCAUCAUGGAAAUCGAGCGCAAUAUGGAGCAAACCACAAGAAGAUGCAUUGGAGUGAACAAAAACAAGACCGUCAACAAAAGCAAUUUAAAACAGAACUUUCCCUAUCCGAAGGCCAUGGUUGUCUCCACCAAUGCACACCACCUGAAUUAUAGGGACGACGAAAGCAAACGAUGGGAACAAAAGGACAAGCUCCGAAUCAGAAUGACACGGAAUGCCGAAGAUGUAUUUCCCAACUCGAACUGGUUGGAGAUUCCUCACGACAGCGACAUUCAUGACGACGAGUUCGACCCUUCUCUGUCUGGCAACAACGUUGGUACUGUGAUGUUUAACAGCGGUAGUCCCGGAAGACAGUGGCGGAAAGGCGGAAAUCGAAAGAGAGACGAUGACGAGUAUCUUGACACUCUAACCACCUCGGAUCCAUCCCCAAACGAUGUGGUAAUGGGCCGGGGACCCUGGAAUCGCAAGCACCCUGGAAACCUUCUACUAAAAGACAUGCUGCAACUGAACCACAAGGACUAUGAAGGAGCCGAUCGGUACAACCGAAUGCAUAUCGUCAAUGGCAUGCUGGAUAAAUUGAUCGAGGAGCACGGGACACGAUUCUUGUACAGGGAGCAAACCAAUUCUUGUACGGAGAAUAGCGCGAACGCUCCGUGGCGGAUUGCGAGACGGGAAAAGGCCCACAACAAGAUCACCCACGAUUUUCGAAACCAGAGACGACAAAAACAAAAGAAUAGUGCAAAUGCUCCGCGGUGGAUUGCGAGACAGGAAAAGGCCCAAAACAAUAUCAUCUAGGAUUGACGCGAUUUUCGAAACCAGAGACGACAAAAACGUCCUCGUCGUUGUUCGCAACCGUUUGACGAAGCUGUUGAAGCGGGAAUUCUGCGGUCUGUGUGACGAGGGCCGCUAAUAGAGAGGUUUGCCAACG